GUGACACGCUAGAAGUAAAUUCUUCACGACGUCUGUGAUCACCUUUAUCAACGGAACGGAAUGAAUUCUAAUUUCAAUUUCAAAUUUCUUAAUUUCCGAUGUAAAUGUUUUUUUUUAUUGCAGAAUAUUUUAAAUAAUUAACGUCAAUAAUUUCAAAUAAGUACAUCGCUUACUAAACGCAAGUGAAGAAAAAUUCAGUGCGACUAGAAAGUGUUCGUAGACCGUGUGUAGCGCUCGUAGCAUUGUCUACGGAUGUACUACGGCGUAGGUUGGAUUGAUUGAAUGUGAUAAGGCGAUAUCAAUACCGAUGACUAAGCGAGGCCUCGCACGCACGGGCGGGCGUGCGUGCGCUUAGCUCCGCCCACCAUGCCGGCGCUCUGGCAGUCUUCCCAAAGGCCUAUGUACGUCAGGACUGUUUGGGUCGACGGCUUCCGACACGCCAUCCUCUCACACGAUGACCCCUACGUCCUAAAAGCGAAGAAACGACGACCCCAUUCUUCUGCUAGCACCAGCUUCAUAAGAACAUCGAGACUCAGCCACCAAUCCGACCAAGGAGUGAGGAAAAUCAACUUCCUCAUCAGAAGCGAUAGGUCGAAGAUACAAAUCAGACCGGAAAAGUCACGCGAGUAUAAUAUUGAGAGGCUCAAUUUGACCGAUGUUGACCCGGAAUCUGAAGACGAACUACUAAUAAAAGCGUCUCCUCAACCGUUGAACGAAUUUGAAAGCUGCAAAUCCGAUAACUCAAACAUGAAGAAUUACAGGCUGAACAGAACAGCUAGGAAUGAAGCCAAACCGAACUCCGAGCUGUCUGACCGAGUAUUUCAAUGGCUAGAUUUGGCGGGGAAAAUAGAUUUGUUGGCGCCAGAUAACGGCGACCGAAUGAACCAACCCAGGCACAGCUGGCCAGAAAUCCAAAGGAGGAAUAAUAUUAUGAAAUCGAAGACCACAAUCGACGUCAGGAAAGAGACGGUCAAAAUCUCUUCGGCGAAAACGUGCGACGGCGAGAAACAGGUGAAUGUUAUCGAUCGCCACGACAUUUACAUUCCGACGUCCGCGAAUACGAUCGAAAACUACGCGCGCCAGUCACGGAACAAAAGUACGCCACGGUUCGAGAGUACGAAAACAAAGGAGAAUCUCAACAAAACAAAGACCAAAGAUAUGAGGAACAACGUAAUGGAAACGAGGCAGAAAAUAGUGACGGAACGCAACGCCGUGGAAAAACAGUACGCGGAUUUAGUUAGCAAGAAAUUGAUUCCUGACGUGAGCAAGACCUCGAAGAGACAAGUGCACAUUUUUAUACCCGAAGUGCCGAAGAAUAUGAACUCUGUGGCAGCAAGCAGAGUGGGAAGUUUGCUGUCUCAAAAAACUUAAGUUUAAUAAAACUUUUGGAAUGACAUGUCUAGCACUUUAUUAACUCUUUCGUCAUUAUAUUAUGAAGGUAUU